AGUUGUUCGUGUCAUUGCAGGACGUUCAGCUCUCGUUAUUAUCUGAUUCUGGUGGUCUACCGUGUGUAACAGUGUACCUCUGGCAUGUUCAUUUGUGUUAAUUAGCCGGACCGGUAUACAUCCAGAGAAUUCUGAUUCCUCUAGUUUUAGUUCCAGAGCCUGAAAUCUCGGUUCGAUCUGUAACGCUACACCUCCCGUCUCUGCAGCGUGUAUUUACUAAUGUUGCCUUCAUUCCCUCGCAUUCCGACAGCCGUGUCCCUGAGAUCCCAAAAACGUUACCAGUGUCUGCUGGUGGAUUCCCUUUCCCCCACACAGCUUGUUCCUAAUUCCCCUGGAAUGUGGCUACAAGCGCUUAAUUAGCUGCGUCUGCGACUUGGCUUCUCCCUGUGAGUUACAGUAGCUCCGCGUGUAUUCUCCUUGUAGGUUUUCGUCGGCUGUCUCCUCCCUUCCGUUUUAUUUUAUUUUUAUUAGUGUUGGUGCAUUUCUAAUCCUGGGCAUCGAAACCGGAGAGGACCACCAGAAAGCCCCAACCUUUAUUCCUUAGGGGAAAGGGUUGAAUUCCGCCUUUAGGCGAGAAGACUGUUUGAUUUAUUCUGUAUUAAUGAAGACGGAGUAGCUCGCUCGCUCGCCCGUAUUUAGCAGUCGCCGUCAGCCUGCAGGACGAUCGGGAGAGUCAUGUGAUUGAGUCUUUUUCCCUCGCCCUCCUUUAAAAAGCUUGAAGGCAGCAGCGAACCAGACACAAUCUCGGGCUCCGUGUCGGCUGUUGUGUGCAGCGCUUUUUCUUUUUAAUCUGUUUUUAAUUGCGAAGUUUCCCCCCCAGAACUUUUAAAGAUGGCCGGGGCAAUUAUCGAAAACAUGAGCACCAAGAAGCUGGUAAUCGUAGGAGUUACCUUGCUUAUCUUCCAGGUGCUUUCGUUUCUAGUCGGAGGUUUGAUUGCUCCCAGCCCCACCUCUGCGGUCCACUACCUGGCGACCAAGUGCGUGGACAACCGCAAGCACCACCAGAGGACGAAGUGGUUCAUGCCCUGGGGCCCGAACCAGUGUGACAAGAUCCGGGAUUUCGACGAGGCCAUGGGCAAGAUGAUCGAGGCCAACGACAUCGUGUUCGCCGUCCACGUCCCCCUGCCCAACAAGGAGAUGAGCCCCUGGUUCCAGUUCAUGCUCCUCAUCCUGCAGUUCGACAUCGCCUUCAGGCUCGUCAACCAGAUAGAAACGGGAGCUGUGGUGACCAUCGACGUCGGCCUGGCCUACAGGGACGACACUCUCAGCGAGUGGACAGAAAUGGCCCAUUCCACCGAGCAGCGCAGGCUCAGCUGCAACUUCUCCACCCCCAAGACGCCCGAGAACGAGGGUCGUCACUACGAGUGCGACCUGCUGCCCUUCAUGGAGGUGGGAAGCGUGGCGCACAAAUAUUACCUCAUCAACAUCCGCCUCCCAGUGAACGAGAGGAAGAAGAUCAACGUUGGCAUUGGAGAAAUCAAAGACAUCCGUCUGGUGGGCAUUCACCAAAAUGGGGGCUUCACCAAAGUGUGGUUUGCCAUGAAGACCUUCCUCACUCCCAGUAUCCUCAUCAUCAUGAUCUGGUACUGGAGGCGAAUCACCCUGAUGACGCGGCCGCCGGUGCUGCUGGAGAAGNNNAUCUUCGCCCUCGGUAUCUCCAUGACCUUCAUCAACAUCCCCGUGGAGUGGUUUUCGGUUGGCUUUAACUGGACGUGGAUGCUGCUCUUCGGAGAUAUCCGGCAGGGGGUUUUCUACGCCAUGCUCUUGUCGUUCUGGAUCAUCUUCUGCGGGGAGCACCUGAUGGACCAGACGGAAAGGAAUCGUUUUUCAGUUUAUUGGAAGCAAGUUGUCCCGAUUGUGUUUGGCUCCUUCUGCCUCUUCAUUUUUGACAUGUGUGAGAGAGGGGUCCAACUGAAGAACCCAUUUUAUAGCAUUUGGGCUUCGGAUGUGGGAACGGAGCUGGCUAUGGCGUUCAUCAUCGUGGCGGGCAUCUGCGCUUGCCUGUACUUCCUGUUCCUGUGCUUCAUGGUGUUCCAGGUGUUCAGGAACAUCAGCGGGAAGCAGUCCUCUCUCCCGGCCAUGUCCAAGGCUCGGCGCCUGCACUAUGAGGGUCUGAUCUUCCGAUUCAAGUUCCUGAUGUUGGUCACUCUCGCCUGUGCUGCCAUGACGGUCAUCUUCUUCAUCAUCAGCCAGGUGAACGAGGGCCACUGGCACUGGGGCGACUACACGGUGCAGGUGAACAGCGCCUUCUUCACGGGCAUCUACGGGAUGUGGAACCUGUACGUCUUCACCAUCAUGUUCCUGUACGCACCCUCGCACAAGCGCUACGGGGACGAGCAGUCCAACGGUGAUCUGGGGGUGAACAGUGGCGAGGACAUUCAGCUGACAACCACCAUCACGCAUGUGGACGGCCCUACGGAGAUCUACAAGAUGGCUGGCAAAGAGGCCCAGGAGUAACUCAUCGGAGC